UCUCGCGAGAUUACCUUCCUGCUGUCUAGUACAGCACUAAAAACUGUCAGUGAGGUUAGAGGGGGUAAGAAUUCCUCAAAUCGGCGACUGCCGUUUAUACAGCAGUGUGAAUGUCCAAAUCUGUGCUUUUGUGUUAUUACGUACCUAACGUGUGACACUGAGAGGAAAAAACAACAACAACCGCGUUCUCAUCCAAACUGUACAGGCCAACAGUAUCUGAACUAGAUCAAACAGACACUGUGCUGUAAUACAGCGAGCAAAUGGCGUUGAAAAGAAUCCAAAAGGAACUGACAGACCUGCAGAGAGAUCCACCAGCCCAGUGUUCAGCGGGUCCGGUCGGAGAGGACUUGUUUCACUGGCAGGCAACAAUAAUGGGGCCGAAUGACAGUCCAUAUCAAGGAGGGGUUUUCUUCCUCACGAUUCAUUUCCCCACAGACUACCCGUUUAAACCACCAAAGGUCGCAUUUACAACAAAAAUCUACCACCCCAAUAUUAACAGUAAUGGCAGUAUUUGUCUGGACAUCCUGCGAUCUCAGUGGUCUCCUGCACUUACUGUAUCCAAAGUCUUGUUGUCCAUCUGCUCCCUGUUAUGUGACCCGAACCCAGAUGACCCGCUGGUACCUGAGAUCGCACAUACAUAUAAAGCAGACAGAGAAAAGUACAACAGACUAGCGAGAGAAUGGACGCAAAAGUACGCCAUGUGAGAGUGCCUGCGAGUAAAACACUACAGAAUCAAACGGACAGAGAAACACGUUUUUACUUGUAACAAGAGGAGUAAAAAUAAGUAAAUGUUGAGGGGAGGGGACAACUAAACAACAGACCCUUGGAAGGGAAUCAGAAAGCGGAGGUGAGAGCCACUAUGAGCCGAAUCCGCUGUCAUGUGCCGUUCUCCUAAACCCGCCGUCUGAACGGAUUAGCCUGGAAAACUCCAGGAAAACUGUAAAACCGGACAAACCUCGGGGUACCACAACCCAGGAAGUUAGACUUGUACUACUGUUAGUUCUAUUAUUACUGUCAUUGUGAUUUUCUCAGUGUUACUCGUCAUCAUCGUUUGUCAUUGUGAUGUUUUUUCCGAAUGAGGAAACGUU